AUGACAAGUUCAGUGGUAACUGACAGCGCCAGCUGCCUUGUCGAUCCCUUUGCCGACGACGUGGCGGCGCUCACGGACUCGGCCGAGACCGGGGACGGCGACGACGGCCAGCAGGACAGUGCUGCGCCGACGCGUAGCUUACGACCGACAUUGCAGCUGCAGAUCGAGACGGCCGGCAAGGCCCUGCUGUCGGCGCCAGGCCCGGGGCGGAUGGAUCCGAUCCCGACGUAUGUCGUGGACGAAGAGGGGUUGCCGCAGGACAUCCAGCACCGGCCGGCCUUUGUGUCGAUGCGGCAGUCGCAGUGGUCGGGCGACUGUACGCUUGUUGCGGGCGGCGCGCCGUGGCGGGCGGUGGCUGCCGGUCGGAGCUCCACCGAUGUCCGCGUCGAUGCCGACGUUGUCGACAUGGUGCUGCUGCAGACGCUCAGCCGGACAACGUACAAGUGCGGGCCGGGACGACCGCCGCAGGUGUGGCUGGGCGGCGACGACGAGACGUUUGCGGUGCGGUCCCGGCGGGUGUUUGGGCGUGCGCACGGCUUUGACACCCGGCUGGGCUCGUUUGAGUGGCGAUACGGAUCACGCGCAGAAAGGCUGGUGGCCAGCAGUAGAAGUGGCAAGGUCGAAAAGGUCGACAGUCUGCUGGUGCUGGACCGUCUGUCGGACACAGCACCGUGCACGCGACGGCCGGUGGCACGACUGAUUCGCAGCGCGACACUGCGCAGCCGCGGCAGCUCGGCGUCAUCGGCCGGCUCUGGCGGCCGGCUUCAGCUGGACCACGGCUGGUUAGCUGGCGAGGAGAUCUCGACCACAACGAUGACCGACCGCGACUCGUUUGUGGUGCUGGCAGUGACGACGUGUCUGGUGAUGCUCAAGAAGGAGGUGGACCGGCGGCGGGGACAGCAGAUUGCCAUUAUGGUCGUUGGGUUCCUGCCUUUUGUGCGUGGCUUCCAUUUCUAG